AGCGCAUCUACCUUUGAUGCACCGCCCAGGACUUCAGCAUCCAACAUAGAUACAGGCCAGAUAGAGAGCGAGCAGCUGCAUCCUACACAGUGUUUCUUCAUUCUAGCUGCGGUGGAGCGUGGUGCUCGUCAUGGGGGAACUGUUCAGGAGCGAGGAGAUGACCCUUGCCCAGCUCUUUCUCCAGUCUGAGGCAGCCUACUGCUGCGUCAGUGAGCUGGGAGAACUGGGCAUGGUUCAGUUUAGAGAUCUGAAUCCAGAUGUAAACGUGUUCCAGCGCAAGUUUGUGAAUGAAGUGAGGAGAUGUGAGGAGAUGGACAGGAAACUGAGGUUUGUGGAGAAGGAGAUUAAGAAAGCCAAUAUCCCAACUGUUGACACUGGAGAAAAUCCAGAGGUGCCUUUUCCCAGGGACAUGAUCGAUCUCGAGGCCACCUUUGAGAAGCUGGAGAACGAACUGAAGGAAAUCAACACCAACCAGGAGGCACUGAAGAAGAACUUCCUGGAGCUGACGGAGCUCAAACACAUCCUCCGUCGCACGCAGCAGUUCUUUGAUGAGGUUUGCUGGUUUCUCCCUCUCAGAUGUACACACCACACACACACACACACACACACACAGGAGCACAAUAGAUAAU